GUGUGUGUGUGUGUGUUCAGGGUUGUUUGUUGUUGUUGUCCCUUCAAAUAUCUGUAAAAUCUUUCAUGAUUGUCAUGACUAAUGAAACUCUUGUCUUCAGUAAUUACGUUCAGCAUCAUUUGAGGGUCAGUGAAUUAGCUUUACAUUAAUCUGGCCCUUUGUUUGUUUCUCUCAGUGUAAUAUAUUUCUCAUGAACGUCUUACGAGCAGAAGAACAGUCCUCAUGAGAACGCCUCUUACUUCCCCACUGCUGUAUGUGGGACUGAUGGCUUUCGCCAGCAUAUGUUCAGCAGUACAGACUACAACCUGUAGAACGAGUGGUGGACUUACAGCAGAACAAUGCACUGAUAUGGACGGUCCCACGCAGAGAUUCCUGACGUGUGCGGGCGUCCCAUCAGAGCCCGGCGCAGACCACAUCAUGAACCUGAAGGGCCUCAUCAGUGCUGCUCUGGAUGUCUACUCAUUCAUGCGCUCCAGUGUGACCGGGGUUCCAGUCUUGGAUCUGUCGGGAGGGUUCAGUUUGAACGAGGAUCACGUGAUCAGAGCGUGGCUGGACAUCAAGCUCACUCCUCUGCUGUCGACCAUCUCCAGCAACUUCCUCACAUGUCUCAGCAACAGAAACUUCAGCUGCAGCGCCUACCAGACUGUUGUCAAGGAGUUGAGUCAGCAUUUCUCCGGUCUGGAUCCAGGGAGACAGAAGUGGAUCUAUUCCUUCUUCAUGUACCCAUUCCUCUCUAGGAACACAUCCUCAGGCUGUGUAGAUCCAGAGGACAGCACCGAAGACUGGCUGAUGAAAAACUUUGGCUCGUUCUCUGUCAUGGCUCAAGUCCGAGACUUCACGUCCAUCAACAUGCUCUUCAGCGGGCUGGAGGUUUUGCACCUCUUGAGUCCAGAACAGAAGGCAGAGCUUCUCCUUCACCCAGAGGUGGUGGGCUUGACUGACAGCUCCCUCGGCCUGGUGUUCCAGAGUUUGCUCUCCUCUCUGAUGCCCUCUGAGGAUCCAUGGACUUCUAAUAACAGCACAACGUAUUAUAUGAGCAGUCCAUCCUCUUCACCGCAUGACCCCCUGGGACAGGCACUGAAUGGGUUCAUGACGGCAUUUAGACCUGUCGGGAGUUUUGUGAGAGAAUUUGUGUCCUUGACAAAGCAGGAAAACUUGAGCGGCAUGCGGAGCGCCACACUUUUGCAGGCCAUGAUAAACCUGACGCUCGCCGAGAUCGCCGCGCCUUUCAAGCAGAAUGCCACCCAAGAGCAGCAGGUGGACCUGGUUACUUUUGACCCCAUGAACGUUAACGACUGGUUCACACAUGUGGUUUCUCCCGUACUCCGGCGAUUCCUUCCUGACAACCAGAUAGAAAUCCACCCCAACCUCACGGCUGUCUUCCAUAACCAGUUCUUCAUCGAGACAGGGAUGGGAUCUGGAGCCCAGAAUGAAAGUCAGGACAUCUGCAGCGUCAUUAUUGAUAACAGAACAUGUGGGCUGACUGACUUGGUGGAACAUGUGGCCACUGUCCUGCACUGUGCAGCUCGAUCAAACCUCACGCUCAAUGAGGAGACGCUCUUGGAUGUUCUCCUGCAUCUGUCCCAGAACCUCAACGCUCUACUGCAGCAGCUCUCCAUGACUAACUUCAGUUCCCAGAGUUCUCCCUUCAGUGACAUCCUGGACCAAAUCGUUGAUGACAGCUUCACGAUGAGCAACUUGCAGGAUGAGUCUUUUGUUAGAUUAUGGUUCCAGGUCAAGUUGAAGCCUCUGCUUUCCACACUGACGCCAGAAUAUCUCACGUGCCUCAGUCACAAAGAGUUCAGCUGCCAAACCUUCCAGAUACUUGUUUCAGAGCUCAGUGACAACAUGUUCCUGAUGUCAGAAGGCGAGCAGAAUGUUUAUGAGUAUUUCAUCUUCUCCUUCCUGAGCCGACAAAAUGUUUCAGGUGGCUGCCCUGCUGAGAACAGCAGCAACUGGGUUACUCUGAAUCUUGGACAGUUUUCACAGUUUGCAACAUUGAGGGAAAUGUACCAGCUGAACCAAGACUUCAACGCUAUAGAUGCCCUGGCGGUUCUGACCCCCAGACAGACAGCUGAACUGAUAGUUGAGGACUUUGCAGGUCUCCCAGAGAAAAGCAUCAUCAUAAACAUGGUCUUUGACCAUAUCUUGGUUUCUCCUGAAGACCGUGGUCUACUUGAGAUGCUCAGAUAUCUGAUCACACUCGCUGGCGAGAUGGGUUUGGAGUGCUCAUCAUACCAGCAGAUAGUUCAGCGGCUGCAGGAAGCUGUGGUUCCUCCACACAUGAUGCAACCCAUCAAGGACAGCGCGGACCAGCUGGAACACAUGGCACCUCCUGGCUGUUUUCCUCCACUUGUUACGUGUAUUUCAACACCAUUCAAUGAAACCACAAUUUGUGAGGGAAUCAGCAGUAAUGCGACUCUCCUGUCCGCUGGUCUCGUGAGCGCCCCCUGUAGUGUCGACCUGCAGCAGUACGCUUGCUCUUCGCUCGCAGGCUUCACUGCUGAACACCUGGCUGGGCUUCUGGAGUGUCAACUAUCCAGCAGCAGCAGUUACUCCAAGGAGAUCUGGAAGCUGCUUUUCACCAAAACAGACAGUGUUCUCGAUGGAGCCUUCGGGAUCUUUUCCAGCAUGGCGGCAAAUAUGUCUCAGCCGAUCAGAGGUGAUGUCGUGUCCCAAGUGCUGGAUGUGAUUGGGGAGCUGAGAUUGGAGCGCAUCAGUCCUGACCAAUGGAGUGACGUUACUUUCAUCAGCGAGUUGUUGGCUCGAUAUCUGAAGCCGUUUUUGCCGUCCGUGUCUCCAUCUCUACUGCAGUGCGCUGGGAGCAAAAACCUCAGCUGCCAAACUUUCCAGCGCAUUCUGUCAGAGUUCCCGCCGACCAAUGAGAUGCAAGGAAGGAACGUGGUGGUAUUUUUCAUCUUGCCCUUCCUCAGGAGAAAUGCAACAGAUUUGGGCUGUGUGUCGAGUGCUAACACCAGUGCUGAUUGGCUGCUGAAGAACUUUGGCUCGUUCGCCCAGUUUGCGUCUCUCACAGAACUGCUCUCCAUCAACGCACACUUUGAUCCUUUGGAGACUCUGGUCUAUCUGUCUCCAGUGCAGAUGGUCGGACUGAUGGUUGAAGAUCUACCUGGUCUGCCACAGAAGGAAGUCAUCAUUGAUCGAGUGUUUGAUCAUCUGCUGGAGUCUCCUGUGGAUCGAGGUCUUCCUGGUGUUCUUCAAAACCUGCUCUUACUCUCACAGACGACCGUAAUACAGUGCAGCUCCCUCACACUGAUUUUUAAGAGGCUGUUUAAGGAUCUACCUCUCCUGCCAUCAGACAUGCAGACUCUGGUCUUCCACACAACUGGAGAACUCAAGAAGAAAGCAGAGACAGGCUGCUCACUUCCUGAACCUUCAACAUGUCUGGUCACACCUGUGAAUGCUACCAGAGUUUGUUCAGGAGUCAUCAGUAAUGCGACUCUCCUGUCCGCUGGUCUCGUGAGCGCCCCCUGUAGUGUCGACCUGCAGCAGUACGCUUGCUCUUCGCUCGCAGGCUUCACUGCUGAACACCUGGCUGGGCUUCUGGAGUGUCAACUAUCCAGCAGCAGCAGUUACUCCAAGGAGAUCUGGAAGCUGCUUUUCACCAAAACAGACAGUGUUCUCGAUGGAGCCUUCGGGAUCUUUUCCAGCAUGGCGGCAAAUAUGUCUCAGCCGAUCAGAGGUGAUGUCGUGUCCCAAGUGCUGGAUGUGAUUGGGGAGCUGAGAUUGGAGCGCAUCAGUCCUGACCAAUGGAGUGACGUUACUUUCAUCAGCGAGUUGUUGGCUCGAUAUCUGAAGCCGUUUUUGCCGUCCGUGUCUCCAUCUCUACUGCAGUGCGCUGGGAGCAAAAACCUCAGCUGCCAAACUUUCCAGCGCAUGUAA